CUUGUCAAAAACAAAAAGACCCAAUAGCGUUUUUUUCUCCGAUUGUCUCUAUCAUCACUCUCACAUUUCUUCAUAGAUCACUACAACACUUUUGUCACACUCUUUCUGGAGCCGCGAUUCUCUACAUCCAUGGCCACCGUACAACUCGAAUCUUUCUGCCUUAUUCGCUCUUCCCAACACCCACCUAUAGCCGCUUCCUCCCUCUCCUGCCGCCCGAUCACUGCUAGGUUUCCUCCCUACACCGGCCUCAAGCAAAGACCACUCGCUGCCAUUAGUUUUCGGAGUCAGUUCGCUUCGAGAGUCGGUUCUCGCGGCGGAAGAGUCCUUUGCGAGGCUCGAGAUACUGCGGCUGUUGAAGUUGCUUCUAUUACUGAUGAAAAUUGGCAAUCCCUUGUAAUUGAGUCUGAAACUCCAGUGUUGGUCGAAUUCUGGGCUCCAUGGUGUGGUCCCUGCCGAAUGAUGCAUCCCUUAAUUGACGAGCUGGCAAAGGAAUAUGUAGGUAAGUUCAAGUGUUACAAACUCAAUACUGAUGAGAGUCCUUCAACUGCUACUCGGUAUGGGGUUCGAAGUAUUCCAACUGUCAUCUUCUUCAAGGACGGUGAAAAGAAAGAUGCAAUUAUCGGUGCUGUGCCCAAGGCAUCAUUGAUCACAAAUAUAGAAAAAUUCCUGUGAGAUAGGAACAAAGAAGACUUCAACUGGAAGUAAAGAUGUUUUUCCCAUUAAUCACCUCUCAUAAAGCCAGUUAUGUCAAGUUUGGAUGGUUUGUUUUCUUAAAUAAUCAUUGAUGGUCCUGUACAGUGAUGGGGUGCUUCCAUAUUGUGGUUUUUUAGAUGAUUUUUAGUCACUAAUAUGAUGUCUAAGUUUUCUAA